AUGGGUGGUUGGGAGAUGCAGAUUACGGCUGAUGUGGGGCGCGACUAUUGUCCGACGAACAUCCUGGGCCUGUGCGCACUCGUGUUGCUGGAUGGGGCAAGCCCAGAUUUGACGGCACAUCUCGAAGUGGUACGGGGCGCAGAGGCGCUGGCGCGGGAGCAGGGGCAGGUGGUACACUUUAUGUGGGCAGAUGCCAGCUGCCAUCCAGAGUUUGCGAGCCACUUUGGUCUGGCACCGGACUUGCUACCAGCGGUUGUGGCGUUGGCUCCCAAGAAGGGCAAGCAUGCCGUUAUGCGGGGUGGCUUUGAGGCGGCCAGUGUGAACGGCUUUUUAGCAGCCGUGCUACGGGGUCGGGAGACGUUGGUGGAUGACGACAUGAAUGCUUUGCCGAUGGCUGCGAGUGGCGUGGAUUGUGCCGCUGUGCACGCGGCAAGUCUGGAAUCCUUGGAGGAGGAGGAGGACUUUGAUUUGUCAGACAUUAUGGCGGAGGAGGUUGGCGACGAGUCGGAGCGGGCUGCUUUGCGCGAUGAGGCCGAGGCCGCCGCAGCGGCGGCUACUUUGGAUUCGGAAGAAGCCGAGAUGGCGGCCAAGCGACGCAAGGCCAUGGAGGAACUCGAGCGUCUGAACAAGAAAUCACAGAAGAAGAAGAAGGGCAAAAAGGGCAAGAAGGGUAAGAAGAAGCGCAAGGCGGCAGCCAAAGAUGAGCUUUGAGCAUCCCCGUUGGUCGUUCGAUCGAUGCGCUAUUUCGAAUCGGAAACAUUUGUCUGA